UAUCUAGAUUUUUCCACACACUUUACUACUAGAUUUUUGAGGGGUACAUUCUAGAUUUAGAUUUUUCUAGAUUAACAUUUUAACAGAUACCCUUUCUGAUGGACAAGAUCCAUCCGUUUUGUUUCAUUUCCAAAACUGGCAUCAAUUUGAUUUCUGGUUUACAAGUUCUAGUAUUUGCUGGUAUAGUUCCUGUGUUGGCUGAUGCCAUCACAGAUGGCAUUUGGAGGAACUCCUCACUUUGUACAGCCUCGUACAUAUUGUACGAGGUUUUACUUGAGUGUAUAGUCCCUGAAAUUCAAAUGGCCUAUGCCUUUAACACAAUUGUUGAAGAUUUUGAUCAAGUGCCUAUUGAUAGUGAAUGUUUUCCUUGGGUUGUUCGUUCUAUAGUUUUGUCAUGCCACCCUUCUUCUAUGAAAGUUGAGGAUUUUGAAAAUGCUGUUAAGUUAGUUAAUUUUCUUUUGAGUAAGAGACCUGAUUUGUAUACAAAACGAACUUUGCAUAUUUGUGGCGAAACUUGCAGAAUCCCCUUUAGGAAGGAAUGAGUUUGAAAAAUACCCAAUUAAAGAAAAUUUUAUGGAAAUACCAAGCAAAUGGUACCUACUUCCCUGCCUAUAGAGCACUCCUGGCUCUAGGGGCAGUCGAGGAAGGCAAGAUACUGACAGAGAAAGGCACAUUUCAGCGGAGGAAAGUUAACCUCUGCUCACAGCAAACCGAUUGAAGAUUUCUUGCCAGACAUGGACGUGCUGCCAGACGCAGACGUGCGUAAUUUGAACUAGAGAUUAAAGCGGGAACUUGAAGAAUUCAGGCUGGAAGACUAUUCUUUUGAGUUAAUGGGGUGAACUCAUGUGAACUAAGGAUGUGUUUCAAGGACAUUAAACAUGAGUUCCUGGAAACUUGAGGUCUUUAUUGCUAUGGUUUUGAUGUUAUAGAACAUCUUGAAAUAGAUUGCCUGGGUUCAUGUCUUUUUCUUUUAAAUUGUAUUUCUACUUUUUUUUUUUUUCCCCGAGUUGAAAUUGCUUCACAUUGUCAAAUUUCAUCUCAAUUUUGAGCAUUUUUUGCUUUGCAUUUAGUAAUUGAUAUUCUAAUGAUUGAUUUAGGAAUUAUUGAACGACGAAGUUUGCCUUUUUAAUGCUUCAAGCAAGUUAUAGCGCCAUUUUUCGGGGUUUUCGAUUUUCCGUAUAGUAUGUACUAGCAGUCUAGCUAUAGUUACUAGUGAGGUUAUGUUGGAUUAGGUUGGAAUGAUCCUAUUUGGGAUAUUUUAGCUACUUCCAUUGAUGUAAGGAAUUUUGUUAAACCUGAAUUGAUGAAUUGGGGAUUUUUUAGGUUUGGCGAGAGAAGAAGCAGUGAAUUAAGCAGCAAAUUAAGCAGUGUAAGUAUUUUAGCAGUCCAGUGAAGCAAAGUGAGAGAGGGGAAAUUGAGGAAAGGGUAAAGGUACGCAAUAAAGAAAGGUGGCACUAUUGCUGAUAUAGACCUCUUUGGGAGCUUUAUACAGGUAGAUUGUAGCUUCAGAAAACUUAUUGAAGUCCAGUGUUUGCACCCUAUCCCAGACAUGGGGGGGGGGAGAGGGAAGAGGAAAGAUUGGAAGUGUAAGAGGGACAAUCCUAUGGCUAUAGGGAUUUAGAGAUGGUCAAUUUUAGCCAAGCCAAACUGCAAAAUACAAAUCUCAAUAACGGCGACACCAAUGUCAAAAGACUUUCUCCCAAAGCCUUAAUCUAUAGUAUCAGAAAACUAUGUAUUUUUGUGGGGUGAGUACUCAUGAGUGGCAUAGUGAGGGGGUUUUCUCUAUACAUAACACAUGUCUAAAAAAGCCUUCUUAACAUGGUAUUAUCGUAUGUGGGUUUAGCUCCGAAGUUAACAAUACCUAUGUGUUUCCAGAUGCUCCGUCUUAGAUAUCCUCCCUCUACCCCCUUAUCUCUCUGAGGAUGUGUUUUGCUCAAGUCCUUGAAAUAUGUCUUCAGUUGGAAGGAAGAGCCCAAGCACUUCUCCAUUUCAAGAUAGUCCAACCUCCAACUAUGGUGAAGGCAGAAUGUCUAAUACUGCAUUGUUCCUUGAAAACAGCAAACAAGAGGUUGAGAGUUUGGAUUAUUGAGAAGGAACGCCUUCCAGGACACAUUCUGCUUACAAAAGAAGAUCUCUGAUAGUCAGAUAAUACCAGAAUUUCGCAGUGCCGUUGAUUCAUCUCACCGGGUAGGAAGCCAUUCGUUAAAAGCAUGCAAGAUCAAGGAGGAUAUGCUGGAUUCUGGCGAAACAACAUUUUCUUUAUUCGCUUCUCUUUUAGAUUCUUCCAGCCGAGGGCUUAUAUCAAUUCCUGACCUAAUUCUUCAGUUUGAAAAAUCAUGCCGUGAUGUUUCUGAAACUAUAAGGUAUGGCUCUACUGAGAGGCAUCGGAUUGUAGAAGACAGAUUAAUGCGACAAAAAGCUCAGCUCUUGCUUGAUGAAGCUGCUUCCUGGUCACUUCUUUGGUAUCUCUCUAUGGAAAAGGAAGCGAAGAAAUUCCUGAAGAUCUUGUUCUGUAUCCAACAACUUGACAUCUGGAAGCUUGCCAAUUUGUUGUGUCAGAUCUCACUGCACAAUUGUGCCUUGGAGUUGUUCAGUGGCUGGAGGACCAAGCAUCCAAAGCCCUUGAAUUGGAAAGCAAGGUACUGGAAACUGUGACUUAUGGUCCAUCCAGACAAAUGCCCUCAUCCACAAGCUCACCAAGCAUUCAUUAAACUGAACAAGGCUUUUUAAGGAUCUGCAAGAUCCAGAUAAGCCUGGUGGUAUGCCUGUGCACUCUACAAGUUUCAGUAGAACAGCUAAAGAAGGGCGGGGCGAUACCCGGGUUUGGACGGACAACCCACCUGACCGGGCUCAGAAGGCAAAAAUGAAGUAUUGUUUAUAGACCUUCGAAUUUCAAGAUGUAGCACGCGGUUUUUCAAGGUGGUAGAAUGUUUUUGUUAAAAUAGGUAAAUAACUACUUAGUUGAUAAUCAAGGUGGUAGAAUGUUUUGUUAAAAAAUGUAAAUAACUUCUUCCUUAAUUAUAGUGUAAUCAUUUACUCCCUCUGUAUUUUUUCAAGAGAUACACUUGCCUUUUCCGGCCGUAUUUAUUUAAAAGAUACACUUAUUA